AAGAAGAAGGAACGGCUGGACUCGUUCAUCUUAAUUUAUCCACCAUCUUUGCCUUCGAUUUCAAACAAAAACAAGUCUAUAGAUAGGCUGUAGAUAAUUAGACGGCAGGAAUACAUUUGUUUUUUUUUGAACAACAACAAAGAGGAAAGUCUUAUAAGAUAGGCUGUGCGCCCUGUAACCAUUCCGCUCUGCAAAGCAUUGGACCGCGCAAAGUUACCUAUUUGAUUACGUCCACGUUCCAAUUUUCAACGCGCGAUUUAGCCUAAUUUACGCGAAAACCCAAGCCACCCAAAGUAGGAGAUCACAACGAAGGCAUGCCGAGGUCGAAUAGGCAAAAAGAAUACAAGCCUGGGGAUCUCGUGUUCGCGAAAAUGAAAGGUUAUCCACAUUGGCCAGCGAGGAUUGACGAGUUACCCGAAGGAGCGGUCAAGUCCCCCUCCAACAAGUACCAAGUUUUUUUCUUUGGAACACAUGAGACGGCGUUCCUGGGUCCCAAGGACUUGUUCCCUUAUGAAGAGUGCAAAGAGAAGUUUGGCAAACCAACCAAGAGGAAAGGCUUCAGUGAGGGACUUUGGGAGAUUGAGAACAACCCUACAGUGAUACACGAACCAGCCGGCUUUGAGCCGGCAAAGAAGGAGACUCCAGCAGAGGGGGCUGUGGAGGCAGGUAUUGAGCAAAAGGCAGAUGCAGAAGGAAGCAGUGACGAGGAUGAAGGGACCCUUAUCAUUGAUGAGAAGAAUGACCGAGGAGGUGCGAAGCGAAAAGCUGGCGGUUCCGUUGAGACCUCUCCUAAACGACCUAAGGACACAGAGGGGGAUGGUGACUUGAAGGCGGAUAGCAAGAAGUCAGACACUGAGCUAAAGCUUAAUGACAAGGCUGGGCCAAAACCCCCUGUGCUGUCUUCCGUGGGCGAAUCAAAGCCUGAGGGCCCGGCAAAACCACCAACUGAGGGCCAAUUAACAUCAGAGAAGCCUUUGACGGACAGUGCUUAACAUUAAUCCUUUGAGAAUGACUAAAGACCAUUGGUUCUUCUCCAUGGAAUUUUGGAUGUCAUCAUAAUUUUGCUAAUCUUUGAAUGCUAGGUUUCUGCUAACUGGAAAGGUUUUAAACCUAAAUAUCUAUAUUGAAAGGCAAAAAAAACUUACUUGCCAGUUGGGGAUAUUGUAUAUCCCAGGAUUUCAAUUUUUGUCAAGUCACGCCCAUAGUGAUUAGCAAUUCAAUGCUCAAGAGGAAAUGGGUUUCGAAUGUAUAAUUUCAUUUUCUUUAAGUGCAAUUAAGAAGUCUGGCUGCUAGGUGUCAAACAUGUUAGUGUAGAGGGUACACCCACCACGCCAGGUUCUUAAAAACCUCAACAUGAGCAAAAAUCUAAAAUUUUGGGGAAACAAUUCCAUUUCACAAUUAACUCCUCUUUAUCCUGUUUGAAUAUGUUUUUAAUUUGUAGGUUCAUUGGUUUGAGAAUAUUAGAUUACCUUUUGCUUUGUUAUUGUAUUUCUUAAAAAUAACAAAUCUUAGUAGUUUGUAUUAAGGUGUACUCAUAAUAAUAAUAAUCAUUUGACUUUCAAUUUGAUUUCUUUCAUUGGCCUGACUUUAAAACAGGUGAUUUCUUUCCUUUCUCAUAUUUCUUGUGCUUUUAUGAUAUUUAUCUUUCCUGAGAUCACGAAGAUGUUGGCAGCAAAACUUUGGCUUUAAUGCUAUAUAAUAUUUUGCAUUCUACUUGUACAUGGGAGGUGACCAAAUAAUGUGUCUUCAAUGACACUUAGAUCCCACAUAACUCUCUCUAUUUUGAUGGAAUGUAAAAAAUAAAAAUAAAAGAGAAAAGUCUGUUCACACACGUGAGAGCAAAAAUCUGUUCGCUAACCUUUUUCAAUGUGAUAGUUUUUUAGUAAUGUCUGUCUUAAUAAAUCUGUUUCUUAAAUUCUGUUAUGUUAAUAUUAGGCCUGUGAUUUGCCAGAAACAUCACAAUUCAUAUGUAUCGCAAAUCUCAUAUUUCUAUGGGUAUUCAGUACCAUGAUUUAAUGGCCCAAACAUAUUGCUAUAUUUCUACAUGUCAGAGAGGGCUGUUUUGGAGCUCGUCAAGCCAGCUAGUGUUAGCUAACAUUACCCCCCAAAAACAACAAUUAAGUAUUGGUAUAAUAUUGUCCAAAAUAAUUUUAUCCCAUCGUUAGUCAUUGUUACUGCACUGUUCAUUGUCCUAUGCAUUAAAAUGUUCAUAAGACCUAACUUUGCAAUUAUCCUCAGUCAAACAUCCUCUAUGGUGCUUUAAUGGUGACUAUGUAUUAAGGAGAUCGGCUUUGUGGCCAGUGUUCAAGAUGUUGCAAGUUAUUGUGAGAUUGGCAUACCUGAGAAAACAGAUGGUUGUGUCUAAAUUCUGUCAAUUAAAGUUACUAAUCACUGUUUGGAUGUCCUUCCAGGAUAUCUAGUGGCGUGUAGGAUAAGUUAAGCACCUUUUUACAUUCUGCAUGUCAAAGGAAAUAUUAAAUAUAGUGUUAGUGCGACCCUGAAAAUUAUCAGCAUUUAUAUGAACAUGGUCUCUUGGUACACCUGAGGUGUGGGAUGUAUUGUGGAUACGGACUUGAGGAACCUUUGGGUGAGUGAUAAAGUUCUGUGUCAGUGGUUGAUGGUACUGGUAGGUCUAAGUUUAAUUACUGUAUAGGCUCUGUUAUGUCUUUAACUGGAUGUUGACCUGUUUUAAGAUGUUCUUAUUUUCAUGUUUAUUUUUUUUUAUUUAGUUACGGAGAACAUUGGCUGUCACGUUUUGCUGAGUCAGGAGUUACUUGACUACACUGCAUUAGCCAGAUGUUCCUACGGGAUGUUAUAAAACCCUCCAAAACACGUUUUGAGUUGGGUUGAAAUGCCUUUACAAAUCUAGAUGGAAGAAUCAUCACAAAGAAGUACAAUUUGCUGUCACCCAAUGUUUAAAUCCUGUGGUCCUCCCACUGUGCUUCAGGAAAUAAAUACAUUAGAUUGUGAUUAACUUAAUUGAUGUUAAUUUUUUUAAAAUAAGUUUGGGGUUAAUUAAUCUUAUGGCUUGAGAAUUUCAUGAUUGCCAUUUGUCUAACAAAAUUGAGCUCAAUAAUUUGAAAUUCUCACCUUAUUGGGAAGCAUAUCCAUAUUUGCUACCAGUUCUUCAAUAGUGCAGGUCUGAAGACCAGAGUGCAUUUGCAACUUAAAUCAACAGUUUUGUGAGAAUUAUUUUUUUGUUGCAAAUGUAAAUAAACACAUCAAACAUUUAAAGAAUUUAAGUAACUUAUGUGAUCAAUUAAUGCUUUUUGUCUGAAUAGAAUGGAUUGUGGUAACAAACCACAGGUGGGAAGAUUUGAAAUUUGGAUGGAAUCCUAGAUAAUGGAUUUCUUCAAUGGCAUUCAGUGAAAAACACUGCAAAAACCUUUAAGUUACCUGGGCUGACUUCCCUUCUCUUAUUUCCUUGGCUGCUCUCUGAAGAACCUGGUGGUUCUACUUUUACAUACACUGGCAAAAUAGUAUAUUCUCCAGUUUAUGCAUGAUAUGUUGCAAAAAUACUAUGCCUUAAGCGGACAAUCUAAUCACUUGAAAGGGGUAUGGUUGCUCAACUUAUCCCAUGUAGAUUGCUUCAAUUUACCUGACUGCAAUUUUUAUUACUAUUGGCCCACAGGGCUACAAAGAUGCACUUUUAUGCUAAGUUAUGGACUUCUGUUGCUUAUAGACUCCAGCUGAAACCUAAAAGUAAAUUAUACUUUGGAUAAAUCUGGAUUUUUAACGAGGCAGGUUUGUUCUUUCAGUAACUUCAUUACAUUCUCUUUUUGAAAAUAUCUGGACACAUGACAUGAUUGUCUCUGGUUUCCCAGAAACACGGGGUGACUUAACUAUCCUUCUCUGCCACAACUGCACAUGUUUAAUUGGAAAUUAUUUAUGCAUAAUAAGUCAAUGCAACUAAGUCAGUAGUUGAAAUUGUUUGGUCUUUGUCAGCAGUUUGCUGUAGUACACCUUUGCAGCCAGACUGGAGCUAGCACUCUCCAAAUAUUUAGACUGUCCUUUACAAAAACACCAAUGACUGCCAGAAACCUAUAUUUCCUUUGUCUUAAUAAUUUUUGGUCCAAGUGACUUGCUCUUUAAACAUUUGGAAAUAAAACUUAGACAAUAUUGAUUACAUUUGUUUUAUGAUUUUGGCUGCUAAACCAAAUUUAGAUUUAUUUUUGCUGUUAGAAAAUUCAUAGUUGUUAAAGUAACCCUUGAUGUUUGAAAUUUUGUGUAUUGUUUUUCCUUCACAUUUAAUGGUCCCUCCCUUUUAUUUGUAUGUUUUGUAAUUGUGAUUGUGGAAGACCCCUGUGUAUUCUGGUUUUAUUAUGGAAUGUUUUUUGGAUUUGUCAUUCAUUAGUUGUUGCAAUGUUUUGGCCCAUGUUUGGUGAAAUAUCUGCAUUCAGUCAUUAGGUCUUUUGAACUCCAUCGUAUUAUCCAUCAUGUCAUUUACCCCUUUUGAAAAACCACCACCCACAGGGGCACUUCAGGACCAGGUCUUAGAACUGCUGUGAGUCUGUACUGAAUAUGCCCAGAUCCUUAAUUUAGGCUUACCUUUAAAAUGCUAGACCAUUACUCAUUUCUUCGUAGACAACUUUUUUUUUAUGCUGACUGACUUGUUGCAUGGUUCUGGCUCUUUUAUUUACCCUUUUACAUUUCAACUUGAAAAUGUAAUGCUAUAAUAGGCAUCUACAGUGGCUUUGGAAAUCAAACCACCUUCAUGUUCCCCACAUUGUGGUGCUAUAUAUGUAAUUUAUUAAAAGAAAAUAAGAUUUUGCCAUCAAAUUUACACACAAUACCCAAAAAGUGAGAGAAAAUGUUUAGAAAUGUGUUUAGAACGAUCUUAUGUAAAUUAACUCAGACCCUUUAACUAGCCCUAAAGCACCUUUUGGCAGCCAUCACAGCUAUUAGUGUUCUCGGGUAUGCCCCUAACAGCUAGGUGUUCGGUCUGUUUUUCUGUUCCUUCUUGCAGCUCGGUCAGAUUGGAUGGGGAGUGUGGGUGAACUGUGAUCUCCAGUUCUCUGCACAGAUGUCUGGGUUUUCGGGCCCGUCAAGGACAUUCACAAGCUUGUUUUGAAGACACUCCAUUGUUGUCUUGGCUGUGUAUUUUGGGCUUUUGUUGUGCUUAGAGAAAAUUCCUCCCUUAGUGUUCUUAGAGAAAAAUAGCCUGGUUCAUGCCGCUAAAAAGCAUGCCCAUAGCAUUAUACUCCCACCACAGUGCUUCAUUGUAAGGAUUGUGUUAGCCAGGUGACACAACUGUCUUAUAUAGACAGUUGUGUACUUUUCUAAAUCAUGCCCAAUCAAAUAUGACAUUCAUUGACAUAAUGCAUGUGAGCUGAAUUUGAUGUCAUCGCAAAGGAUCUGAUUACUUAUGCGCAUGUUUUUUAUUUUCAAUAAAUUGAUCCAAAUCUUUAACUGUAUUUUUUGCUUUGUCAUUUUGUGGUAUUGUGUGUAGAUUGAUGGCAAUAUUUUUUACAUUUAAUAAUAAGUGAAGUCGAACACAACCAAUGUGGAGAAAGUAAAGUUGUCUGAAUAUUUUCCAAAGGCAUUAUAUUUAUAAUGCAAUUUUUUAGUGCCAGAUCCUCACCUCAUUUGCGGUCCACAGUAAACAUUGAAUCUUGGGGUUAAAGACUUUAUACCUUCUAACCUUUUCACUGAUUGUCUGUCCUCCACAUUUUCUGCAUCAUUUUACCAGUGUAGCUAGUUGCCAGUCCAUUUGGUUAAAACCAAUAAACAUGUUGAUUACAAAAUAAA